AUGGCGGCCUCAAACACCCAAGCGCCAAGUUCCUUAUCGUCUGCCAGUACUAUCCAAGGCGAUUCUUGCCCCGGGUCACCAUUUCCAGAAAAAACAAACCAGCAGGAUGCCAAAGAUACCGCUGACAGUCUCCAAGGGGGGGUGCCAGCUAUUGCUGGCGUGGAGUAUCCUGGCCCAAUGGCAACCUUUUUCAUUGUAAUUGCUCUGAUUCUCGCAAUUUUCCUAAUGGCUCUGGACAUGACGAUUGUGGCAACUGCAAUUCCAAAAAUAACGGAUCACUUCAAAUCAUUAGAUCAAGUUGGUUGGUAUGGCUCUGCAUUUUUUCUUACUCUCGCAUCCUUUCAAUCCACCUGGGGCAAGGGUUAUAAAUAUUUUCCCCUCAAAACGGUGUUCAUGCUAUCGAUAUUUGCUUUUGAGGUGGGGUCUUUGGUGUGCGCCGUUGCAAAGAACAGCACCACGUUGAUUGUCGGAAGAGCACUUGCCGGAGCGGGCGCUUCUGGAUUGGCGAGUGGUGCAUAUACUAUCAUUGCAUUUUCUGCACCACCACAUCAACGGCCGGCAUAUACCGGCAUCCUUGGAGCGACCUACGGCGUUGCGAGUGUCGUUGGGCCUCUUUUGGGAGGCGUUUUCACAGAUAAAGUAUCCUGGCGCUGGUGCUUCUACAUUAACCUUCCUAUUGGCGCUAUAAGUGCCGUUAUUUUGACACUUUUCUUCAAAACACCACCAGCGGCCCAGCCCGCAAAGGCAACAUUGAGAGAAAAAAUUCUACAAAUGGAUCUUGUUGGAACAUCGAUCAUCAUGGCCGCUGUAAUUAGCUACUUGCUUGCGCUACAGUGGGGAGGGGCCACCAAGACCUGGUCCGAUCGCAACGUUGUAGGAACAUUGGUUGCAUUUGGGUUACUUAUCAUUUUAUUCGUGCUGAAUGAGUGGUGGAUGGAUGAAAGGGCCCUUUUACAGCCGAGACUUUUCAAAAACCGCAAUACCUUAGUCGCAUCCAUAUAUGCUUUCUUCUUUGCAGGUCCAAUGUUUGUGUCGAUCUACUAUUUGCCGAUUUACUUCCAGUCGAUCCAAAACGUGUCUGCCGCACAGUCCGGAGUUCGCAACCUCCCUUUUAUUCUAACUGUUAGUUUAUUUUCCGUGAUAUCUGGGGCAUUGAUCACCGCGUUUGGAUAUUUUUCAUAUCUUUUGAUCGGCGGCUCUGCUUUGGCGACAAUCGGCAGCGGCCUUAUUUAUACAUUUGACAUUGGCACUGAAACCGGAAAAUGGAUCGGCUACCAGCUUAUAUUGGGCACUGGUGCCGGCCUUGCUAUCCAGGUGCCAGUCAUUAUCAACCAGGCAUUUUCGCAACCUUCCGACUUGGCUAGUAUUUCUGCGAUUACGAUGUUUUUACAGACCAUGGGCGGUGCCAUCUGGGUGUCUGCCGCUCAGGCUGGGUGGGUAAACAGGCUUCUCCAAAGGUUGCCACAGGUCGCGCCAAACGUACGUCCCGAUUUGGUUGUGGCUACUGGUGCAUCGGAGCUAAGCCGCAUAUUUGAAGGGGAGGAUUUUAACGGCGUGUUGAUUGCAUAUAUGGACGGAUUAAGGGUGACAUUUCUUAUAUGUGUCGCCGCUUCUGGAGUAAGCUUCAUGGCGUCAUUGUUUGUCAAGCCGCACAGCAUCCGAGGAAAAGUGGUCGCGAGCGGCGUUGCAUAA